AACCCCCGAGAACCAUCUACGCUCGUAUAAAUAAACCCUCUCGAGCUGUCCAACACAUUACAAGAAACCCCCCACCCUCCACCACAACAAAUCCACAAAACUCACAAUGAGCUACUUCCGCAUCACCCUGGUCCGCUCCGCCAUCGGUCUCCCGCGCCGCACCACCGACGUCCUCAAGGCCCUCGGCCUCAAGAAGCGCAUGGCCACCGUCUUCCACGCCGUCUCGCCCUCCGUCGCCGGCCAGAUCAUGAAGGUCAAGGAGCUGGUCGAGGUCCGCGAGGUGGACAAGCGGUUAACGAAGCAGGAGGUGCGCCUGGAGCGCAAGCCCGACCCGGGCUACUACGUCGAGAAGUACUCCGGGGCGGAAUACAAGGAGAACAGAACGGCUUGAAAAAGCUGUCCUCUUUUUUUUUUCCUGAAACUUCAACUUUUUUCUUUCAUUGGUUCUGUCUAGCCCCGUUUUCUGCUGCUUG